UCGGCGCGCGACUCCCGGAAGUUUUGUACGUUGAGCUUUGCGCUUCCAAGUUGGUUGUUCCGCCGAUUUACAGAUUCCAUUCACCUUUCUCCCUCGUUUUGGUUGUGUUUUAUUGACCUGGAGGUGACAUAGUAAAGAAUUCCACGGAAUUACACAGAACUGAAGGCGUUCUUAAAUGGCGAACCGUACAGUAAAGGAUGCGCACAGCAUCCAUGGCACCAACCCUCAGUAUCUGGUUGAGAAGAUCAUUAGAACAAGAAUCUAUGAAUCUAAAUAUUGGAAAGAAGAAUGUUUUGGACUGACGGCUGAGCUUGUUGUUGAUAAAGCCAUGGAGUUAAGGUUUGUGGGUGGAGUCUAUGGUGGAAACAUAAAACCAACUCCCUUCCUGUGCUUGACCUUGAAAAUGCUUCAGAUUCAACCAGAGAAGGAUAUCAUCGUAGAGUUCAUUAAAAAUGAAGAUUUCAAAUAUGUCCGCAUGUUGGGCGCGCUUUACAUGAGGCUGACAGGCACUGCAAUUGAUUGCUACAAAUACUUGGAGCCUUUGUAUAAUGACUAUCGAAAAAUCAAGAGCCAGAACCGAAAUGGAGAGUUUGAACUGAUGCAUGUAGAUGAGUUUAUUGAUGAACUGCUGCACAGUGAGAGAGUCUGUGAUAUCAUUCUGCCCCGGCUACAGAAACGUUAUGUACUGGAAGAAGCUGAGCAGUUGGAGCCUCGAGUUAGUGCUCUGGAAGAAGACAUGGAUGAUGUGGAGUCUAGUGAAGAGGAAGAGGAAGAAGAUGAAAAGUUGGAAAGAGUGCCAUCACCUGAUCAUCGGCGAAGAAGCUACCGAGACCUGGACAAGCCCCGUCGCUCUCCCACGCUUCGAUACAGGAGGAGUAGGAGUCGGUCUCCCAGAAGGCGGAGUCGAUCUCCCAAAAGAAGAAGUCCUUCACCUCGCAGAGAGAGACAUCGGAGCAAGAGUCCAAGACGCCACAGAAGCAGGUCCCGAGAUCGACGACACAGAUCCCGCUCCAAGUCCCCAGGUCAUCACCGUAGUCACAGACAUAGGAGCCAUUCUAAAUCUCCUGAAAGGUCGAAGAAAAGCCAUAAGAAGAGCAGGAGAGGGAAUGAGUGACGAGCUGUUUUGUUUUAGUCCAAAUGGCUCCUGUGGCUAUGUGUAAGGAUUAAGAGCUGCUCUCCUGGCAGCUAUAUUUUAGUUUUUUCUUAGUGUUUUUUUGUUUGUUUUGUUUUUUAAAGAAAAAAGAAAAGAGGUGCUAAGUUUUGUAUCUCUUUUUUCAGCUGUAAACAUCUUUAAAGGAUGUUCCUUAAAGUCAGUUUUUGGCCCAAUCAACUACAAAUACUAUUCAGGCUUAUGAGAGUAGAAAGGAUCUGAGAAUUGGGAAUGUGAGUGAUGAAAGAAGAGACCAAAUUGGUGACCCUUUACCUUUUGUUAUUAAACCUGAGACAACCAUUUGACACUUUUCUGUAGUUUGAUUUUUGGUUUGCUCCAUAAUUACAAUUACCUUGAAAAUCCUUGGAUUUGUGCUGCUGUUACUUAUCAAAGGUCAAACCAGUCUAACAUAGUAACAGAGUUGCUG